GACAGGCAUAUAUAUUUAAAGUUUGCACCCACUGCAAAGUGCUUUCGUGGCAUGCGAGACAUUCACUAACUUAUUUGAUUGCUUUUGCACCAGUUAUGUGAUUGUAUGAUCGUGACCGAUCAAGCUGCCCCUAGCAAAAUGGCCGCCCUGGAAAAAACAGGAGCCUGCUCGUUGCUAGGCACCGUCCACACCAUUGUGGAGUGGCAACGGGAAAGGCUAAAUGAAACCUGCCACGACACACGAGAAGCGGAAAACAAAUUAUGCUUUCUUUUGUCAACGGGCGAGUUAUUUUCCACCGAACUUCAGCUGACGUGUUUUUGGAACUGUUUGACGUCGAGUUUUUAAACUAUUGCAAGUAGUUCUGGUGGCUGACAUGGGGUCCGAAUCUGUGAAGGUGGUAGUCCGAUGCAGGCCCCUGAAUGACAGGGAGAGAGCUCUGGGUUCCAAGAUGGUGCUGACCAUGGAUCUGCAGCGCUGCCAGUGUUUCAUCAAGAAGCUUGCAUCAGCCGACGAACCCCCCAAGCAAUUCACCUUCGACGGGACGUACUUCACCGAUCAAACCACAGAGCAGAUGUACAAUGAGAGUGCCUAUCCAUUGGUAGAGGGGGUCACAGAAGGCUACAAUGGCACAAUAUUUGCAUACGGCCAAACAGGAAGCGGCAAGUCCUUCACUAUGCAGGGUGUGUCUGAGCCUCCGGCCCAGAGGGGGGUCAUCCCACGAGCCUUUGAACACAUCUUCGAGAGCAUUCAGUGUGCAGAAAAUGCCAAGUUCCUGGUGAGGGUGUCCUACUUGGAGAUUUACAACGAAGAAAUACGAGACCUCUUGGGCAACGACACCAAGCAGAGAUUAGAGCUAAAAGAGCACCCGGAGCGCGGGGUGUACGCUCGGGACCUGUCCAUGCACACGGUACACAAUGUGCUCGAGUGCGAAAAGGUGAUGGAACGCGGCUGGCGGAACCGCGCCGUGGCCUACACCUUGAUGAACAAGGACUCAUCUCGCUCGCACUCCAUCUUCAGCAUCCACCUGGAGAUGUGCCACACAGACGCAGCAGGCCAGGACCACCUCAGAGCCGGGAAACUCAACCUGGUGGAUCUGGCGGGAAGCGAGCGUCAGUCCAAAACGGGCGCGACGGGCGAGCGUCUGCGCGAGGCCACCAAAAUCAACUUGUCGCUCUCGGCCCUGGGCAACGUCAUCUCGGCCCUGGUGGACGGCCGCUCCAAAUAUGUCCCCUACCGCGAUUCCAAACUGACCCGGCUGCUACAGGACUCGCUGGGCGGCAACACACGAACCCUGAUGGUGGCUUGCCUCUCACCAGCUGACAGCAACUACGAGGAGAGUCUGAGCACGCUACGCUACGCCAACCGCGCCAAGAGCAUCCGGAAUCGGCCGCGCAUCAACGAGGACCCCAAGGAUGCGCUGCUUCGAGAGUACCAAGAGGAGAUAAAGAAGCUGCGGGCCCUCAUCUCGGGCCAGCUUGCCUCCGGCGGGCUGGAUCAAAUGCUCCUGCAUCAAGUAAUGUUUGAAUGUUUAAAUGCUGCAGCCGUCAUGUCCAAGCACCAAGGAGAGGUUUCCACCAGCCCCACCGAUGGUGACAAGGAGAAGAUUAAAAAGGAUUACGAGGAAAGACUGGCCAGGCUGCAGGCCGACUUCAGCGCCGAGCGGGAAUCCAAGGCCAAGCUGCAGGAGGACAUUGUUGCUCUGCACACCUCCUAUCAGAGCAAACUGUCUGUCUUGGAGAAGAUCCAAUCCACCAGGGGGAGCUCUUCCCCAAAGAAUGAGAGCCCUAGCAGUGUGACAGCAGAGGACAACACAGACACAGACCUCUCCCCCAACAGCAUAAAUGAGCUGAGCCAGCCCACUGUGCCACGUGCUGCUGAAGGGAUCCAAACAAGUCCAGAUGGAGUGCCAGAAGAGUCACCUGGUGUCAGCACAGCAGGGGAUGUGGAGCAGAAAGAAGCCCUGGAGAGGCUACAGAGGCUGGAGCAAGAGGUGGUUGGCGGCGAGCAGACCCGCAACAAAGAAUUCCAGCAGAGGCAGCGGCAGAGGAGGAAAGUGGCCGAUCAAAGGAAAGCUCAGCUUGUCAAAGCUUUGUCGGACAACAGCGAGGAGAGCGACAACGUGCUGUUCAGUGUCUACGACUCCAUUCAGGAGGAGGUUCACGCCAAGGGGCAAAUGCUCCUCAAGGUCCAGGGAAAGCUGAAAGCGGCCAAACUGGAGAUCCGCGACCUGCAGACGGAGUUUGAGGAGGAGAGGAACGACUACCUGGCGACCAUUCGUCGCCUGGAGCGCGAGGGCCAGCUCCUUCACGGCCUGCUUGAGCGCAUGGCACCGCUGGUUCGCCGUGACUGCAACUACUGCAGCUUGGAGCGCCUGAAGCGAGAGGCCGCAUGGGACGAGGAGAGCGCCACUUGGAGGAUUCCCGACGUGACCAUCCAGAGAACCACGCUGCCCUCAGCCGCGCCUUCAAAGCUCUCUCCACCCAUAGUCCCUGCCGACGAUCCCGAAACACUUGCGGCCCAGUCUCAAAAGGCAUGUGUUCCUCAGCAGGCUGAGGAGGACCGCUACAAGGAACUUCUGGACCGCAGCGACAGUGAAAACAUUGCCAACACUUACUUCAGAUCCAAAAGGGCCAGCCAGCUGCUCAGAGGUGAAACAGCUGCGGGACAUGCCACCCACGGCCCCACCCUCUUGAAUGGCUCUCCCAACCUCAGCACAAACGCAAGCCUGGACUCCAUCAUGCCACGUCCCUUCCGCCUGGAAUCCUUGAGCGUCCCGGCGUCCAAGGCAAAGCGGAAAAAAAAACAAAUCUCAUCAAUAACGGAAGCAAAGUCUUGGGAUGCAAGUGUCACUUUCACAAGUUUUGGCUGCUUCUCAGCUCUUGAGAUGGAGAAGACUGCACUUCAUUGUUCACGCUGAGCGACCUUCAGCUGUCAGGAUGUGAACGAGAUAACAUUUAAAAAAUGUCAAGCUAAUGCAAAUGAACGUGACCUCCAGAUGAUUGAUGACGUUUGGCUGUGUAGUCUGCUUCAAUUAUACAACAGCAAGGUUGAAUUCAUAUGACUUCGAAGACCAACCAAAAAGUCAUUCAAAAUCUAACUGACGUCAUUUUUCUUCACGGCUUGCAUCGUAUGUUGUGUCCGCUGAGUCUAUGUCCACUAUACGAUUAAAAGUGCGGAUUAAACUAACCCGUUUAACCAGCACGACAAGACUAUUUUAACAUAGAGAACAGAUAUAUACGUGCAGUAAAUGACUGUGUGACGAUCGUUUAGUUCAAUACUAGUGAUGUUGAAGACCCAAAGAUUAUUUUUGGCUUGUACACGUACACGUCUCCUGUGAAGAGGCUAUUACAUCAAA